AAGCUGUAUUACAAUAUAGACAAGAGACAGAGACAGUGUUCCAGCCCUGCCUACAUGUACGACUCUCCCUCCGUCAGCCGCCAAGCCAUGUCUCCCAUCACGCCUCGCUCACCACAGCACUAUGGACACCCUGUGCUGGCUGCAGGCUCUGAGAGUGGCAGGAGUUCACCCUAUUACGGCUCGCUGGAGGGGCGGCCUAGUACUCCUACAACAUACCACGCCCCCAAGCAUUUCCAUGUACCAGCCUCAGGUGAACCCAACAUCUACAGCAAACCUCCCAUCUAUAAGAGAACGGAAAAUCUCCCAGCCACCAAAAGCAGGACCAGCGAAGAUCUAAUCACAUCCUCCAGACUGUCUACCUACUCUCCAGAACCCUACACACAGUCACAGUCUGACUCCUACCCCUAUCCCAGCUCCCCUAAAGCUCUCCGUGCUCCUAGGAGAAGGUAUUCUACAGGAGGAGAUGAAGAGAACUGGAGUCACAGCAGUCUUCAAAGAAUCCAGAGUGGUAUAGGGAGGAUGAUCCUAAAGGAGGAGAUGAAAGCUAGAUCUGGUUGCUACGACAACGACCCUUGGGGCAACACCCGGAAUUCCCGCAGCGGCAGCAAGGAGGCUCUCACCACUACCAGCUACAACAGCACCGGCUACAACAACACUGUCAAUGGCUCUCCUCGAUCCCAUUACAGCUUAGACAGUGACUCGUACAAGUCAGCCUCUCUACCAGGAUACAGGCGGAACGGUGUCAACAGGCCCCAGAGUGCAGCCCCAGACUACUACCAGCAGUAUGACAGCAGCAGUGACGUCAACUGGGGAACCAGAGAAUACAUGGUUUACCCAUAUGAAGUACUGAUCGUGACUACCAGGGGGAGACACAGACUGCCUAAAGACGUAGAUAGAGCCAGACUAGAGCGUCACCUGAGUCCAGAGGAGUUCCUACAGGUGUUUGGGAUGGCCGUGGCAGAGUUUGACCGGCUGGCUCUCUGGAAGAGGAAUGAAAUGAAGAAACAGGCCCGACUCUUCUAACCAUGUAGAAAACAUUGAGAGAGAAACUGUUCUAAAUAAAGAGGGCGAGAGACUGUUAAUGACAACAGAGAAAGAGAGCGAUGUAGAGAGAGAGACAGUUAAUGACAACAGAGAUGGAGAGAGAGAGAGACUGUUAAUGACAACAGAGAUGGAGAGCGAUGUAGAGAGAGAGACAGUUAAUGACAACAGAGAUAGAGAGUGAUGGAGAGAGAGACUGUUAAUGACAACAGAGAUAGAGAGUGAUGUAGAGAGAGCGACAGUUAAUGACAACAGAGAUGGAGAGAGAGAGAGACUGUUAAUGACAACAGAGAUGGAGAGAGACUGUUAAUGACAACAGAGAUGGAGAGAGAGAGAGACUGUUAAUGACAACAGAGAAAGAGAGCGAUGUAGAGAGAGAGACUGUUAAUGACAACAGAGAUGGAGAGAGAGAGAGACUGUUAAUGACAACAGAGAUGGAGAGCGAUGUAGAGAGAGAGACAGUUAAUGACAACAGAGAUAGAGAGUGAUGGAGAGAGAGAGAGACUGUUAAUGACAACAGAGAUGGAGAGAGACUGUUAAUGACAACAGAGAAAGAGAGCGAUGUAGAGAGAGAGACUGUUAAUGACAACAGAGAUGGAGAGAGAGAGAGACUGUUAAUGACAACAGAGAUGGAGAGCGAUGUAGAGAGAGAGACAGUUAAUGACAACAGAGAUAGAGAGUGAUGGAGAGAGAGAGAGACUGUUAAUGACAACAGAGAUGGAGAGAGACUGUUAAUGACAACAGAGAAAGAGAGCGAUGUAGAGAGAGAGACUGUUAAUGACAACAGAGAUGGAGAGAGAGAGAGACUGUUAAUGACAACAGAGAUGGAGAGCGAUGUAGAGAGAGAGACAGUUAAUGACAACAGAGAUAGAGAGUGAUGGAGAGAGAGAGACUGUUAAUGACAACAGAGAUGGAGAGAGAGAGACUGUUAAUGACAACAGAGAUAGAGAGUGAUGGAGAGAGAGAGACUGUUAAUGACAACAGAGAUAAAGAGUGAUGGAGAGAGAGAGACUGUUAAUGACAACAGAGAUGGAGAGAGAGAGAGACUGUUAAUGACAACAGAGAUGGAGAGAGAGAGACUGUUAAUGACAACAGAGAUAAAGAGUGAUGGAGAGAGAGAGACUGUUAAUGACAACAGAGAUAGAGACUGUUAAUGACAACAGAGAUAGAGAGUGAUGGAGAGAGAGAGGUCUUACAUCAGAAUGAGAGAGUUGCGGCAGACAGACAGACAGACAGACAGACAGACAGACAGACAGACAGACAGACAGACAGACAGACAGACAGACAGACAGACAGAGAGAGAGAGAGAGGGGGAAUGUGUAAUCUCACUGCCACAAACUGAACUAAACCCUCCCCACCACUGCCCAGGGUCAAAAGAGCGAGAGACAGAGCGAGAGACAGAGCGAGAGACAGAGCGAGAGACAGAGCGAGAGACAGAGGGAGAGACACGAAGGUCAGGAGACUUUUGUCUUUGCCUUACUAUUGUGGAUUAUUUUAUACAUUAUGAGUGUGCAGCACCAGCAACCUAAGUGACUAGAUUGUAGAUAUCAUUUACACCACUUUAUCAGAAUGAAUGAAGGAAUUAAUGGAUGGACGAAUGAACAUACAAUGCUUUUGUUUUUUAAAUGGAUGCUUAUUGAUGAUAAUUUCUCCUUCCACUUUACUACUUGUAUCUUGUGGUUUACAGUGAGGCUGGCAGCAUGCCCAUCUUUUAAUGACAUCAUACCUAUCUUUUAAUGACAUCAUAUCUGUAUUCCAAUGACAUCAUGAAAUGAUUUUUCUGAGAAUGAAAACAUUGCGUCACAUUGUGAAUAUGUACAGUAUAAAAUAAGGCUUUUUGUCCACCAGAUAUGAUAACUAUUCACGCAACGAUAGGCUAAAGACUGGAUGUAUUCACUGUCAGGAAAACAAAGACAUGCUAGACCUACCUGCUGUAGCGUUGUGAUAGAGAGAACAGUAUUGCUUACACGAAGGGAUAAUGUCAGUCUUUAGUUGAAUUUAGAAUACGUAUUCACCUUGGAUCAUUGCAUAAACAAACAUGAAAUAAAGUUUGUAUUGCAGACAUGAAAUGAGAAGUGUGCAGCUUGAUUCUACAACAGGUUAACAUACAGUUAGAGACUACAGUUGUUUGAUUCUACAACAGGUUAACAUACAGUUAGAGACUACAGUUGUUUGAUUCUACAACAGGUUAACAUACAGUUAGAGACUACAGUUGUUUGCCGUUAUGAAGACGUAUCCAGUCACAAUACAUGGGUUGCAGAUAAACAUGCAUAACACAAUAUUCAGAGGGUUGCUUUCCUUGACACAGAUGAACCCUGCUCCUGGGCUGAAAACAUGUUUCAUACGGGGAUGCAUUCUUCUUAGUUCUGGUCUUAUUUUAUCAGUUGUAUAAUUAGUUUUUUUUUUUUAACUACUUAACAUACUGUAACUAUCUCCUUGGUAUUUACAGUUACAUCAUGUAUGAUUUAUUCCAAUAAAAUGCUGUUUUCAUGUG